AUGGCGCCACCAUGGCAAUGCGGAAAAUGCAUGACUACAAAUCGCGGCACUGCGGAGUAUUGCCCGGCCUGUGGUCUGCACUGGACAAAGACAGUACAGCAACCACAUCGAUCGGACUACCAGAGCUGGCAGUCGCCGGCCAGAGGAGCAACUCCCAGGUCGCCGAGACGACGGUCGUCGCCCAAACAACGGGGCAAAGGCAUGGGCGAGACGAGCGCCAAGGGUGGACAGCGAGGACAGAGAAACGGCAAGGGAUGGACACAAGAGUCUUCGGAGACGGCAAUGCCAGCCGCACCGAAGCUCGCCCAGCUUCCCCUCCCACCCAAGGUGAAGCAGAUUUCGCUGCCCAAGGAAGGAGGAGGCCAAGCAGCUGGCAGCUCGGAGGACCGACGCAUGCUGGAUACCCUGAUGGAGCACCUGGCACAGCAGGAUCAACUGCCGGACUCAGUGCGGGCAAUCAUGGCUCAGGCAGCCCAGACGACUGCCCGUACGGAAGCCAAAGCUCUACAUCGCCUAGUGGCGGCCAGACAAGAAGCGCUUUCAGCGCUCGACAGAAUCAAACAGCAGCGAGCGGCCUUCGAGUCUGGAUGGGCGGUCUACUCCCAAGGCCUUAUCGACCUACUGUCCAAGCAGAUGCAGGAGAGAUCCGAGCACCUGGCACAGAUGGACGCAGCGCAGAUGACGUGGACCAGCAAGUUGAGCGAGACAGCAAAAUCCAUCAAGGAAGCGACCAGAGAUGCCCACCUCACGGACUCCGGAGCCAUCGAGAUAGCAUCUGGGGACGAGGAGGACGAGGACGAGAUGGAGGAUGCAGUGGACCAAGCAGCACAAGAGGCUGCCAAGGCAGAGGUUCGCCAACAGCGCGUUGCCCAUCACCAUGCGGAGCUAGAGAAAGCUCUCAAAGCAGUUCGCGACGAGGCGGUGGCAGGUUCAGACAAACGCGAAAGAACCCCCAGGCGCUCUCAGGUCAAAGCCGAAGUCAAGGAAGAAGCCAAGGACACCAAAGAUGCAAGCAAUCCUGGUGGUGCUUCCAAGGACGGAGAGCCGAAAGACGGCCACGCGAUCGUGGAGUUUCCACAUUCGGUGCAUCUUGAGCCCGACUUUGUGGACGAACGACUCGCAUCUUUGCUUGCAAUGCAGCUGGCUUUUGAUGUGCACUGUGCCAGCGGUGCACAGGUUACAUAUGGAUGGUGGGACCCGCGCAUCGAGGAGAAUGCGCGCGCACUGGACAUCGCCAACGGCCAUACGGUAGGCGCAACCGCAGACCUCAGUAGGCAACCCGAGAUUCCCUCUAUUUUCCGAGAUACUCACCUCUACAUGGCCACAGAGGGUGAGACACUCGAAGCAAUAGGGGGCUUUCGGCUGCCUACUCUGGCAGCGGUUUCGAGCCACCGUUCGUCCACCACCAGAACGAGCUGUGUACAUAGCGACGUACAGUGUACAAAGCGUAAUGUGACUUUUUCAGAUGCUCCUGAAGUUGUGGAAUUUCUUACUGCGAGUGCCCUUGCACGGGAGCCGCAAACGAGGACAGCCUUGAGGCAAGGUCAGGUCACCAGGCCCGGCGAUGUGGAUGGCCAAGCAGAGGCCCUUCCUCGCAACGAACCACGCGAUUCUCAGUCGCAGCUGGUGCGGUCUCAUGUGACCUGCACAGCACCUGUCCCUACUCCCGUGCAGCCUUUGCACUGCGCAAGGGCAUCGAAAGGACAAGCACCGCAAACGAAGGGACAGAUCACUCAGUCGCAGCUUGUGCGGUCUCAUGUGACCAGCACAGCAUCGGUCCCUACAAACCGGAGGACAUCUGCAUCCAGGCCGCAGCUUGCUUACACGUGUGAUUCUUGCAAAGCUCCGGCCCUGACAGUUUCGACAGCAACAGUCUCAUAUGGGCAGACUCCGCAAUGCACAGUGGCAUCAAAGGGACAAGCGCCGCAAACGAAUGGGCAGAUCACUCAGUCGCAGCUGGUGCGGUCUCAUGUGACCAGCACAGCAUCGUCCUUCUAUCGUGUUCAGCCUGCCAAUGCUACAGUCACUCCCUCCGACCCGCCAGAGGUAUCGACACCACCUUCGGUCGCAAGGAAAACACCAGAGGGACGUAGCCCAGGUCAGGUCUCUAUAUUCCGUGCUGAGGCAAUCAAUGUCCUUCCUGAGACCCUUCGGGCAGCACACGUGUACUACAGCCCCUCGCACCAGUUUUCAUGGGGAGGUGUCAAGAAGGAAGGUGGCAGAGGCAGAUUUACUGUUUUUGACCAUGAGAGACAUGUCACUAUUGAGAGGUGCCUUCCUGCAGCCAGCCUGUGCGAUCAGGUAGCUCUGGCCAUGUCCGGGCUGACGUUCACACCCUCGUCGGUCUACAUCCUUGCGGACCCACUUCCUGAGCUGCCCUGCCCACAAAUGGUUUUCAUUGAACGAGGACGUCCCCCGACGGAGCUCGCCAUUCCAUGGGACGCCAGGGCAAUUAGUGCAGGAGUGUGGACAAUACGACAUGAAAGCAGAGAGCCCAAAAGAGUAGCCCUCGAGAAACUGCAAGUCUACGCUAGGACGCCCCUGUACUUUGAACGAGAGGUCGAAGAAGGGCGCAUGCUUGUGCAAGACUCUUUGGGCACGGUGCAGGCCGAGCUACAGGCCAACCUCCAUGUGGUACAACACUUCAGGAUCUACCACAUUCCACAUCUUGUUGUGCUUCCAUGGCCACCUCGUGGCACCUUCGACCGGGGUGAAGAAUGGCGGCCAGACUGGCUCAGCACUGCCCAAGCCACCACCACCUCCACAACAGCUGUCAAGGUUCAGACCAUGGAUGUGGCGUUCCCCACAUGCCGCCUGGUCCUUCUGAGGGGCUAUGUUGCGUACAGUGUGGAACUUGCACAGUUUCACAACAUGCUAGAUCUGGCAUUGCUGAUGCUCAUUGAACGACAUGCGCAUGACGCGCCCAUCCCGGAAGAGGCCAGGGUCAUUGUUACCAGUGCCCUCCCGCCCCGCUCAGGUUACAGCCAAGACGUGACAAUCCUGUUGAUCGAGGAUAUUCGGGAAACUGUCGUAGCAUGGGACGCCGAACGCUUCGGACAAGCGUUAGGGGCCAGGAGUCUGGGGGCGUACACUAGCCUGCAGCUGCUCAUCACCCAACAGCAGCAUGACCAAGGCUGGAGGUUGGCAGUCAAUGGCGUUCCGAUAGUAAAUGCACAUCGACCAGCCAGGCAAGGCGACUACCUUCAGGUGUACAAAGGCGAAGAGGCUCCCCCCGUAUCCCCUCUGGGGUGGUCUCUUGCAAGGUUUCCCUGGCUGAGACCUCUAGCAUGGCAGCUCAGAAUUGGUGCCAGCGGUGUGUCGCUGUGUCGCCACCUUCGGCACAGGAGACAACAGCUAGGCAUGCACCUUCCUCAACAAGGCUAUGUGACUGUGCACGGGCCUGCACACGGUGACCUCGUGCUAGCAACUGGCCUUCACACAACCCCCACUUUUGCUGAAGCAGUGACGGCCAUCAGGCGUCUGCAUUGGCUUCCGAUGGGGCUCGAGUACCACGCUGCAGCUAUGGCACAAACCGACACCAUAGCCAUCGUUAGUUCGCAGCCCCACUCGAACGCUAAUACAGUUCUGAGCCCGGUACCAGGCUACUGGGGGCAAUACCACGUGCUUCUGGUCAGCCCGAACAUCCGACAGCUAACGCAUGUCCCAGCUGAUCCCGGGCUAAGACUUUUCCCUCAGCAUCAGCUCAGGAUGGGUGAUGUUUUGACAAUUAUGCCUCCUACGCCCCCAACGCCUGACUCAGCUCAGCUCGAUGAGGCAGCUGAGAGGUCCGCUGAGGAUCAGGACGAACAGGCAGACACGGCGAUGUCUGCUGGAUCAGGUGUCGAGGGCACUUCCCUUGUCCAGAUACAGGACAACAGCAGGCGACAGCAACUUAGGUGCAAUGCGCUCAGAAAACUCCAUGUCGACACCGACCACUGCGAAUGUGUGGAAGGCACACUCCCAUGCAUUGAAGAACGCAGAGCUGCGGCUGCCAAAGAGUCGACAUUGCGAGGGACCUCCAUUGCCACGCCAUUCGGCCGCAGGCGUCUUGAUGAUGCGCAUGGCAGCACCGACCACAGCAAAGGCCUUAUCAAGGCCACAUCCCUGACUGCCGUCAGCCUCGAGGAAUGUCUGCCGGAACCAGACAACCGUGCUUUCCCUUGCCUGCAGCUUGGGGUUACUACAGACAUGUAUGAACAUGUCCUCCGGGAUUGUGGCUUAGAGACACUGGACAGGUCGCAAGAGGUGAUUGCAAGUUUGCCCCCAAAGGUCCGAGCCUUUGUGAAUAACCUGCCGCCAAUGACUGCCAGUACGCCUACUGCCGUCCAGAUCUACACUGAUGGGUCUUACUUCCCCGCCAGCGCGAACAUUCAACCUCGCGCAGGUUGGUCGCUCUGUGUGCUUGUCCAACAAGAUGAAAGUUGGAACUGGGCUGGAUGUCUUAGUGCAAAUGCACACCACCAAGGGUCUCCUAGCACACUUGGGGUGGUAGUUGCAUCAUCCUUUGAGCCAGAAAUGGCUGCGGCAGUCCAUGCCCUAGCACUCUGCCUCCGCCUAGGAGUCCCCUCAAUGCUAGGCUAUGACAACAAGGCAGCUAUUGAAGUUCUUACUGGACAAGCCACCAUACAGUAUCCAAAUGCCCUAUCAGAAGCCGGCGUCUCGCUGACACAUCUGCUCCGUGCCCAGGGCAUGCAACCUGCACUCCUACACAUCCCCUCUCAUAAGGGCAACGUCCUCAAUGACGCCGCAGAUGACCUUGCUAAAAGAGCAGCCUUAGGCUUUCCGGUUGGAGUCCGGCCUUCGGCAUUGCACGAGGCGCAGGCCGAACAGGUCCUUCCCUGGCUGGCCGUCGCAUGCGGCAUUUGCAAAGGAUUGCCAGCAGCGAACGAUGCGGGUCACAUUCAUGACGUGAUCUGUCAUGACAAACCAAGGCCGCUCAGUGUUGCUGCAGAUUUUGAGGUCACGCAGCCUCUUAAAGCUGCCAACUUCCGCUUUAGACUGGCCACUUACAAUGCGCUGACAUAG